GCCGCCAUGAAGGUGGUGAAGCGGCGGAAGGAGGAGGAGCUGGAGAAAGAACGAAACAGAGGCAUUGGGAAACCACUACUAGGAGGGCCCUUCUCACUUGUCAGCCAUGAGGGAGAGCCCAAGACCAGCAAGGACUACAUUGGCCAGUGGGUGCUGAUCUACUUUGGAUUCACACACUGCCCUGACAUCUGCCCUGACGAACUGGAGAAAAUGAUUGAAGUGGUAGAUGAAAUUGAUGGAAUUUCAUCUUUGCCUAAUCUGACCCCACUGUUCAUCACCAUUGAUCCUGAGAGGGACAACGAAGAAGCCAUUGCCAGAUAUGUCAAAGAUUUUUCUCCAAAGCUGAUUGGCCUGACUGGUACCAAGGCACAGAUUGACCAAGUGGCCAAAGCUUACCGCGUGUAUUACAGUGAAGGUCCCAAAGAUGAAGAUAAUGAUUACAUAGUGGAUCACACAAUAAUAAUGUACCUCCUUGGGCCAGAUGGUGACUUUGUGGACUACUAUGGCCAGAAUAAGAGGAGCACUGAGAUUUCUGCUUCUAUUGCUGCACACAUGAGAAAAUACAGAUCCUAA